UUUCCCGUUUUGUUCAGUUUCCCAUAUAAACUCUCGACCACUUUUUCUUGAUCCCGAGAUGGUCGCUUACGAGAAAGUUGACUGUAUCUGAAUGUUUUCUAGAUUUCAAGUAUUCUGUUGCAAUCCUCUCCACUGUUGUUGUCGGUGGCAUCAUCGUCUAUCAGCUYGUCAUGGUGGGAGUUGGGCAAAUUGUUGGAUUAUUGUUGAACCUGCGAACCUUUGUUGUUGCGAACAAACUGGUUUACAUAAUCAGCUCAGGGCCAGAGGUGUAUCAACUCCUUGUYAAGUUUCUGAACAUAUUAAUAGUAUCGUUCUUGGUAUCAAUACUCGUAUCAGCCAUUUAUAUGUACUUCCAGAUGUAUCGUAUGCUUGUCAGCCACAGAAAUCACGUGAUCAAGCUCAUCAAGGGAGAUCGUCGUUUCCUUCCCAAUAGCCUCAGCGAUCCACAUAUCAUGGUGGGAAUGAGCCUCCGAUUUGCUGGCUACCAGGUUGCUUACUUCAUUUGGGGAUUUUUAUUGGUAGCAUUUGUCUUGCUGGUAACGACUCUUUUUAUUUCUGCCCUUGUACUUUUCCUUCCCUUGGUAUUUGAAGAUGACCUUGAAGAUGAGUUUGCUAAAGUUGCUCUUGCUUUUGUUCCUACUGUAGGAAUGGCUAUCCUAGUCUUCGUGGUUCAGCAAAUAUUGGCUCGCUUUGUAUUCAAAGACAGGUCAAUGGUCAGCAAAGUYGUUAAUGUUCACAACAGGUAAUGAUUCAUAAUAUCUUUGUCAAUAAAUUUGUUAUAAAGGAGGUAUCAGUCUGUUGUAUUUAUACAGGCGCCUUCGUAAUACUGAAAUAUUAUCUAAUGAAAGAGGAGUCUUUAAUAAAAUGGUUAGCCUCCGUGCGGACGAWCCAAAACUGUUUUUAUGUUCGUCUGCAAAUUAGCGACGGUGAUCGUCGGUGUUACGUGUACCAUGUAUUUUGAUCUUCUUGGCUGUUUAGUUUUGAGGUCGCUUGUUACUUUAAAUCUACCUUCACCUUUGACUGAAAUCUCCGACUAAUAGUUUUGACAAUACUUGGACAGUAGCGUUCCAUAAAACACAGUCAAUCACACCAAGCUAGAAAAACCGAGAAAGUCCGUACCUAUACUGAUACAGAUGUUGACAUAUGCACGACCUGGCGCGAAUUUACUGUAGCCAAUGAGCCCGCUCAUUAGAAUUCAAAAAUAAACAUCCAAUGAA